AUGGAAGAGACCUUGCUUGACAAAUACGAGCUUAAUUUUGAUGCUACGGUUGAUUUGAAGAAUAGGAGGAUAGGCAUAGGAAUUGUAGUAAGGGACUGUAAUGGUGAGGCUAUGGCUGCUGUCUGCACUAGGAAAGAUCAUGUUUUUUCUCCCUUUAUUGCUGAGUGUCUGGCCUUAAAGAGAUCCAUAGAACUUUGCAAGGAGCUGGGGUUUUGGUCUGUCAUGAUGGAGGGAGAUGCAAAAGGGGUGAUAGAGGCAAUGCUAGCUGAGGAGAAAGAUGUGUUUGAGAAUGGACAGUUGAUCAAGGAUACAAAGAGAUUGUUUGCACAAGGUCUUCAUUGGACUUUGGGUUUUAUACAUAGAGAAGGAAAUAGUGUUACACAUAGUCUAGCAAGGAAGUCUCAACUUAUGUUGGAUUGA